UAACAAAGCAAGGCACAGACGCUGACGGGCCGUGAUGCUGCGCCGUUUGGGGAUAAAUGCUUUCACUUGGUGCUUCAAAGUUUCACAGUCUGUGGAUAAACAUCUGAAGUGGAAAAGUUUUUGAAACAUUAAAAAUCUGGAUAAAUCGUAAAGGCUGGUAUAUUUUCGAUGAGCCAGGGAUAUAACCAGGUAUUUUAUCACCUAAUAAUUGAAUUUAUUUAAUUUCACAUGCCCAUAACUCAUGUCGCACCAUAUAUUUUAAAUCUUGAAUAAUAUGUGCGUUAAUAUUGAUGUUAUUAUCAUAUUCCCCCUGCAGGAUCCCCAUCAUGGAUAUUAAAUUGGAGGGGAUUGACCCAGGGACUCCAAGAGCUCUGUUAGUGACAUGUGUGACUCUGUUGCUUUCCCUCCAACUGUGGCUGUGGCUCCGGCAGAGGUCGAUCCACUGCCCGCCCGGUCCACUCUCCUGGCCGGUCAUCGGGAACGCUGCGCAACUUGGCAAGGCACCGCACUUGUAUUUUACGCGUAUGGCAAAGAAAUAUGGCAAUGUCUUCCAGAUUAAACUGGGCUGUCGGACCGUGGUGGUGCUGAACGGGGAGUCCAUCAAACAGGCGCUGGUCAAACAGGGACUUCAAUUUGCCGGCAGACCGGACUUCACCUCCUUCCAGUACGUCUCCAACGGGAACAGUCUCGCUUUUGGCACCAUGACGGACUGGUGGAAGAUGCACCGCAAAGUGGCCCAGUCCACUGUACGGAUGUUUUCCACCGGGAACCCGCAAACCAAAAAGACAUUUGAGCAACACGUCCUCUGCGAGGUCAAAGAACUUCUGCAGCUGUUUGUGGGAAAAACGAAGGAGCACCAAUAUUUCCAGCCCACGACAUAUCUUGUGGUGUCCACGGCCAACAUCAUGAGCGCAGUGUGUUUUGGGAAGCGCUACUCCUAUGAGGACGAGGAGUUUCGGCAGGUGGUGGGGAGGAAUGACCAGUUCACCCAAACAGUGGGCGCAGGGAGCAUAGUGGACGUGAUGCCCUGGCUCCAGUAUUUCCCCAACCCCAUCAAAACCAUAUUUGACAACUUCAAGAGGCUCAACCUGGAGUUUGGCAUGUUCAUUCGAGAUAAAGUCAUUGAACAUAGAAAAACAAUCCAGUCAGACACAAUCAGGGACAUGACGGAUGCUUUUAUAGUGGCGCUGGACCAACUACGCGACAAAACCGGGGUUUCAUUGGAGAAGGACUUCGUUACCUCCACUGUUGGGGAUAUAUUUGGAGCAAGUCAAGACACACUGUCAACUGCCAUGCAGUGGAUCACCAUCAUACUUGUCAAGUAUCCAGAGAUGCAGGUGCGUCUCCAGCAGGAGGUGGACAAGGUGGUGGACCGCAGCCGGCUCCCGUCCAUCGAGGACCAGCUGCAGCUGCCUUACGUCAUGGCCUUCAUCUAUGAGGUGAUGCGCUUCACGAGCUUUUUGCCGCUCACCAUCCCCCACUCCACUACCACUGACACCUCCAUCAUGGGCUACACCAUACCAAAGAACACAGUCAUCUUCAUCAACCAGUGGUCCAUCAACCACGACCCGGCAAUGUGGUCCCACCCGGAGACCUUUGACCCUCUGCGUUUCCUGGACCAGAACGGAGCACUGAACAAGGACCUGACCAGCAGUGUGCUCAUCUUCUCGCUGGGCAAACGGCGGUGCAUUGGUGAGGAGCUGUCCAAGUUGCAUCUCUUCCUCUUCACAACCGUCAUCGUCCACCAGUGCAACAUCACUGCAGACCCGGCCAGGCCGCCCACACUGGACUACAACUAUGGUCUGACUCUGAAACCCCACUCCUUUUUUAUAUCAGUGUCUCUGCGGGAAGACAUGACACUGCUGGACACGGCAACCAGGCAGGCUGAGGAGGUCAAGGCCGAGCCGUCAUCAGACUCCCAAACAAAAGAAUAAAUUAAAUCAAAACUAUCAUGAGUACAAAUGAAGGCUGAAACAUAAAAAGACUUAUGAACUGUAGCUCAUUUUUGUGAGCUGCCUGAAAAAUAUAUUUAUAAGCUGAAAUCUCAGGCUAAAUUCUUAUCCUCUACACACUGUUUUUAAUGCUUCACAUGACAGUGAGUUGAGAAUGAUUACAUAGUUGUGAUCACUGAUUGCUGACUUAUUUUUAAGUAUUAUAAUGCCGGACAGAAACAGAUGUGCGUCUGUUUCACAGGAGACAUGAUGAAUACUGCACAUGCCAUGUCUCACAGCAGUUCACCUGGGAUGAAUCUGCUCAGCUGUAAUCCCUUCACAUGCCAGACAACCUCAAACACACAUCAACUUUGCAAUUAGCAUCUUCUUUUGAUUCAUCAAGGACUGCAGUCAGCUGCACAUCACCAGUGAUCAGCCUCAAUCAGACGUCAGUAUAGGCAACACUGGCUACAAGCUGUGACAAAUCCUUGUGAUUUUGGUGCGAAUAGCAUUACUGCAAGAGUUGAGUGAAAAGUAGAAACCUCCAAGCUUGUAUACACCCUGUUGUCAUUGUUGCUGUCAGAUAAAGAGUUAUAAACCCUCUGAAAUUCAUGUCAAAUUUCUCAACACAUAAAAGAACAUUUAUUCCAUGAAGUUAACUAAUCAAAACUGGACUUACAAGAUUUCUAGAUGAUUAAAGUGAUGUGCCAUCUAAGGUCAGACUCCUGAUCUUUGCAGUGAUUCUGCAUGAACAGGUGAAUAAGCUCAUGGAGUGCUCCAGCCCCUAAGCGUAAUGUCUACUAAAAUAAACCGCCCAGUACUAACGUGUAGUUUUUGAUAUAAUAGCAUAAAAGCAUAGUUACUCAGGAAUAAGGGCUAUGAAAUGCCAAAUACUAUUUUAAGUAGAAUGCUUUUGAAAGUCAUCUAAUAUAUCCUGAAACCUACUGUAGAUACUGUUUGAAAGGACAAAGCAAAGGAGCUUAAAGAGUACACCAAGCAGACCUACUGCAAGUGUUGCUUGAGUCUGUGAACUACUGUACAACGCACCUAUGAAAAAAAAACUAAUAUUAGAUCAGUGUUAUUUAGCCAUUUAUUUCUUUUUUGUGUGUCUUGCAAAAGUUUGUUUAAGUUUGAAUGUUUUAGAAAGCUGCUCUAUGAAAAACCCCUCAUCCUGUCAUUUAGGUUCCCUCUUCAAGAUGCCAGUAACCAAACGAUUUUGUCUUUAUGUUACAUACAGAAAUAUUCAUGCUGUCAAACUUGGGGUUGGGACACUGGGGUUAACUGUUUUUUGUAGACUCAUCUAAUUGCAGUCUCAACAUGAGAGACUAAUGCACUGACUGUAAUGUCUUGGAUUUGGGCGUUUGUUGGCCUCCUUUUUAGCAUAAUGAAAUUCAGAUUCAUCUUCAAAAUGACAUGUGACUUUAAGAAAGUAUUUGUUAUUUGUAUGAUGUAGUACAGUAACAAUCACAGUGUAUCCACUGCUGAUAUACAGCUCCAUAUACAGAAGGUAGAGUAUAAAAAGACAUGAAACUUGACAAUCCAUGAUGAUUAUCUAAAAAUAAGAGUAAAAUCUGAAUGAAUGAAAUGGAAGCACUGCUGUGAUGAUCAUUCAGUUUGUAAGAUCAGAAAAGCAUGUCAUAAACUUUCAAGUUCCCUUUUCUUCUGUAAAGGAAAUGAUAAAAUGUUAAGUUCUGCAUGCUAAUUUCGGCAUAAUUUAUAUAGAAACAAGAAGGUUUUGUCAUCAAAUAAUAAAUUAAAGGUCACCUGCUAUUAUUCUUUUCAUAUAAUUUGGGACACUAACCAACAGCUAACAUCUCAUGAAGUCAACAUGAUGGGGGUCAAGAAAUACUUCAAAUCCAAAAUUUACAGUGUCUUUACCUCAUAUGCUUCUUUUACAGAACUAUACAGAUUAGAUGAGUGAAACACAAAAAUACAUUUAUUAUUUGUCACUGUUGCAAUACUUUAAGCUUUUGUCUACACAUCACUGCAUCUGUGAUUUGCUUGCCUGCCUGAACGUUGUUUUGAAAGAUAUUGUACAGUUAUGUAAUAAAAGGACACUAACUA